UUACAUGCACACAAGAAUAUGUGCUGUUAAAUGCACUGUCUAGUCAGGCACACAUUUGUCCCAAUAUUUUAGAUGCACUGACAGACCUGCACAGUCUCAUAAAUGCUGAAAAACACAGAAGCAAAGAGCACACUACAGUUGUACAGUUUGAACAAGGACCAACAGGGCGACAGCGUAUGGUAGUAUCCUCAGACUGCCUUCGCCACUUGCUUGAACUUAACUUGUCCGUACCAUAUAUAACCAAGCUAUUGGGGGUCUCUAGAAGUACACUGUACAGACGUAUGCGGGAGUGUGAUCUCUCAGUAAGGACACUCUACAGCACCAUGACUGAUGAAGACUUGGACCAGUGUGUGAGGGAGAUCAUAUCCAAGCAGCCUCAUUCUGGAUACCGAAUGAUGAAGGCACUUCUGCAAGCCAGAGGACUGAGGGUGCAGUAUGACCGCGUCAGAGCAUCCAUGCACCGCGUUGACACCAGUGGUGUCAUAGCUCGGACAUUCAAUUUGGGGUGUGUCAAUCGACGUACCUACUCUGUUCCAGGUCCACACUCCCUGAUGCACAUCGAUACAAACCAUAAAUUGAUCCGAUAUAACAUUGUUAUAUUUGGAGGGAUUGAUGGCUUUUCCCGUAAGAUUAUGUACCUGGGUGCAUCCUCCAACAACCUGGCAUCCACUGCCCUGGCCUUCUUCCAAGCAUCAGUUGAGAAGUUUGGUUUUCCACUAAGGGUACGUGGUGAUCAAGGGGUGGAAAACGUGGACAUCGCUCGCCUCAUGUUCACAGUCCGUGGUGCUGGGAGGAGCAGCUUUAUAUCUGGGAAAAGUGUUCAUAACCAACGGAUUGAGAGGUUAUGGAGGGACCUGUGGGUUGCUGUAACGAGCAUCUACUAUGUUCUCCAUUACCUUGAAGAUGGUGGCUUCCUCAGCAUUGGUAAUGCUACACACCUGUUCUGUUGCCACUAUGUGUUCCUGCCACGCCUACAGGAAGACUUGGACACUUUCCACUGUGGUUGGGACAAUCACCCACUCAGAACAGAAGGCCACAUGACUCCUAACCAGCUGUGGGCACUGGGCUGUUCACACCACCCAAUUCAAAGACCAGAUAGUACAGAAGAUCUGGACUUUCCCCAUAUUGAAUGGGAAGACAGUGGGCUUCCUCAGAACCAGCACUCGGGCAUUGUGGUCCCAGACACGGCGUGCCCUCUGACUUGUGAACAAAUGACAGCCUUAAAGGAGGCAGUUGACCCAAAAGCUGCAUCUCAGUCUUUUGGCUGUGACAUUUAUAUGGUUGCUGUUCAGUUUUGUGAGCAUUUGCUUUCUUUGUGA